CUCACGGCACCAUAAGUAUUUAACAAUAAGAUAUUUAACUAAUGUAAGCUUAACAUUAACAUUCGAACUGUUUUUCUGCGAAUACUUCUAAAUGACAUUCCUUCCAUGAAACCCAAGGCAGAUAUCGAAACGGUAAGUGUGUGGUCGGUCGACCAUUCGUUGAAAUCACCACGCUAUGACGAUUGCUGAAGUAUAAAUCCGAACCAGGCAAACAAGGCACAAGAAAGAUGAAUGAACUGGAGAAGCUCGAGCACCUAUCUUUGGUAUCAAAAGUCUGCACAGAGUUGGACAAUCACUUGGGACUGAAUGACAAAGAUUUAGCUGAAUUCAUCAUUUCCUUAUCAGAGAAAAAUGACAAUUUUGAUGCUUUCAAGAAAGUCCUAAUGGAAAAUGGAGCAGAAUUUUCAGACUCCCUCAUCGCCAACCUGCUGAGGUUGAUACAGAAGAUGAAAUCAAAAUCUCGAGACAAAGAGAAAACAAAUGACAGUUAUAAGGAAAACCAGAGAGAUGAUGAGAUUACUCUGAAAAGGAAGCUUUACCCAGGACUGGCUUUGGCUAAUGAUCCAAAUUCCAGGAAAAUGCUAGAGGAAAUAAAGGAAGAAGAAAUGGAGGAAACUGGUAAUAUAAAGAAAGAAGAUACAGAGGUCGCUGAUGAUAUGAUGGGAGAACUAAUGGCUCUGAUGGCAAACCCACCUGGCAGUAACAGUGACAACAAAUCCAAGAAAAGUAAACAUAAGCGGAGCCGCAGUAGAAGUCAAGAGCGAGACAGAAAACGUAGUCACAGUAGAGACCGUGAUAGGAAAAGAAACAAAAACAGUCGGCGAUCAAGAAGUCGUUCACCAAGAGACAGGAAACGAAGCCGUAGCCGUGAGAGACGACGAGACAGGUCAAGAUCUAAGGAUCGGGACAGAAAACACAGGAAACGUUCACGAAGUCGAAGCAGGGAGAGACAGAGUAAAUAUUACAGAGACGAAGAAGAUAGAAAGGACAGAUACAGGGGUGGGAAAAGUAAGAGAGAGCAGGAAUCAGAUGACGAGGAAAUUCCAAUGGAACCAGUUGUCGGCAGGAUAUUUAAGGGAAGGGUGACCACCAUUAUGCAGUUUGGUUGCUUUGUACAGCUGGAGGGUCUGAGGAAGAAAUGUGAGGGACUUGUUCAUAUAUCACAGCUGAGGAGAGAGGGCCGAGUGACAAAGGUCAGCGACGUGGUUCAACGAGGUCAGAAGGUCAAGGUCAAAGUGCUGUCAUUUACCGGUAACAAGACAAGUCUUUCUAUGAAGGAUGUAGACCAGGACACUGGCGAGGAUUUGAACCAGGAGAGGACAAGAUCUUUGAUGGGUGGAGAAAUAAAGGAUGACAGUGAGACUGCUCGUAACCCUGAUCGUCCCUCAACUCUUCCGAUGAUGGAUCUCCCAGACACAGACGAAACACAAGACAAGAAACGGGUCCAGCGAAUCUCUUCACCCGAAAAGUGGGAAAUCAAACAAAUGAUUGCUGCUAAUGUUAUUGAUAAGUCAGAGUUGCCUGACUUUGACGAAGAAACUGGUCUGCUUCCUAAAGAAGAAGAUUCUGAUGAGGAUGUGGAGAUUGAACUGUUAGAAGAAGAAGCUCCUUUCUUAGCUGGUCAUGGACGUGCAGGGAUUGACUUAAGUCCUGUCAAAAUUGUGAAGAAUCCUGAUGGUUCCCUGUCCCAAUCAGCCAUGAUGCAGAAUGCCUUACAGAAAGAGCGGAGGGAACUGAAACAGGUUCAGAGAGAAGCAGAAAUGGGCAGUGUUCCCGCAGGUCUCAACAACCACUGGAUAGAUCCCAUGCCUGAAGCUGAAGGACGCCAACUAGCUGCAAACAUGAGAGGAAUAGGAAUGACUCCCAACGACAUCCCUGACUGGAAGAAGCAUAUCACGGGGGGUCAGAAAGCCUCUUAUGGCAAAAAGGAGAAAAAAUCGUUACUGGAGCAAAGGCAGGGUCUGCCUAUCUAUAAACUCAAGGAAGAACUAAUCAAGGCUGUGAACGAUAACCAGGUAUUGAUUGUUAUUGGAGAAACUGGAUCAGGGAAGACAACUCAGAUCACACAAUACUUAGCUGAAGCUGGAUACACAACUCACGGCAAGAUAGGCUGUACCCAACCCCGUCGUGUAGCUGCUAUGUCUGUUGCCAAGAGGGUCUCUGAGGAGUUUGGUUGCCGUCUUGGUCAGGAGGUUGGUUACACAAUGCGUUUUGAGGACUGUACGAGUCCGGAGACUAAGAUAAAGUACAUGACAGAUGGUAUGUUACUAAGGGAGUGCCUGAUAGACCCAGACCUCAAGCAGUACGCCAUCAUCAUGUUGGACGAAGCACACGAACGUACCAUACACACAGAUGUCCUGUUUGGGCUGCUCAAGGAGGCAGUGAAGAAACGUAAAGAUCUGAAACUUAUUGUAACUUCUGCCACGCUGGAUUCUGUCAAAUUUUCACAGUAUUUCUUUGAAGCUCCAAUUUUUACCAUCCCUGGACGUACAUACCCAGUGGAGGUGUUGUACACCAAAGAGGCAGAAACAGACUACCUGGAUGCUUCCAUGAUCACAGUAAUGCAGAUACAUCUAAUGGAACCACCAGGGGACAUUUUGCUCUUCCUCACGGGGCAGGAGGAGAUCGACACAGCCUGUGAGAUCCUUUAUGAACGAAUGAAGGCCCUCGGUCCAGAGGUCCCAGAACUCAUUAUCCUUCCGGUAUAUAGUGCCCUUCCCAGCGAGAUGCAGACCCGAAUUUUUGAACCUGCACCUCCUGGAUCUAGGAAAGUCGUUAUUGCAACCAAUAUAGCAGAAACCUCACUUACAAUUAAUGGAAUAUAUUAUGUGGUAGAUCCUGGAUUUGUGAAACAGAAUGUGUACAAUUCAAAAACUGGGAUGGAUCAGCUGAUUGUUACCCCAAUAUCACAGGCUCAGGCAAAACAGAGAGCUGGUAGAGCAGGACGAACUGGUCCUGGUAAGUGUUACAGACUGUACACAGAGAGAGCCUACCGUGAUGAAAUGCUGGCAACAAAUGUGCCAGAAAUUCAGAGAACUAACUUGGCGAGCACUGUGUUGUCCCUGAAGGCGAUGGGUAUCAAUGACCUUCUGGCCUUUGACUUCAUGGACGCUCCUCCAAUGCAGACCUUGAUCUCAGCUAUGGAACAACUGCAUGCCCUGACUGCUUUAGACGACGAAGGCCUGCUGACCAGGCUUGGGCGUAGAAUGGCUGAGUUUCCCCUGGAGCCGAUGUUGUCCAAGAUGUUGAUUAUGUCUGUCCAUCUUGGAUGUAGUGAUGAAAUUCUCACUGUAGUGUCCAUGCUGUCUGUACAAAAUGUCUUCUACAGACCAAAGGACAAGCAGGCAAUAGCUGAUCAGAAAAAGGCCAAGUUUCACCAGUCAGAAGGCGACCAUCUGACUCUUCUGUCUGUCUACAACUCAUGGAAAAACAACCGCUUCUCUAGUCCGUGGUGUUAUGACAACUUUGUCCAGAUUCGUACGCUUAAGCGGGCACAGGACGUCCGCAAACAGAUGCUUGGCAUCAUGGACAGACAUAAGCUUGAUGUGGUCAGCUGCGGGAAGAACACAGCUCGAGUACAGAAGGCAAUCUGCAGUGGGUUCUUCAGGAAUGCUGCAAAGAAAGACCCUCAGGAAGGCUACAGGACCCUGGUUGAUAGUCAGGUGGUCUACAUACACCCAUCUAGUGCUCUGUUUAACAGACAACCUGACUGGGUGAUAUACCAUGAACUGGUGCUGACGACAAAGGAAUAUAUGCGUGAAGUCACAACCAUUGAUCCUAAAUGGUUGGUGGAAUUUGCUCCCAAAUUCUUCCGAUUCUCUGACCCAACAAGAUUGAGCAAGCAUAAGAAACAGCAGAAGAUUGAACCACUGUACAACAAGUACGAGGAGGCUAACUCAUGGAGAAUUUCACGCGCCUUCAAAAAGGUUCACACCAAAGUCACGUUCUGAGGAUUUUAAGACUGAUCUACAGAGGAAGAAAGUUUUGAAGGAUAUGUUUUUAGGAGAGGUCCACCCCUAAAGACGGAGAAAGCUGAGGAUAUAUGGAGCAAAAGACAAAACUGUUGUUUGUUUGUUGGUUCAUCAAAUUUGAAUGGUGAAAUUAAAUUUCACUUGAGAGGUAGCUGAAGUUGAUAAAGCAAAGAAGGCUAUACAUAUGUAGAUAAAUAUAUCUCCCUAUUUCUAGAGAAGUUUCCAGCCUUGUAGAUAAAGACAUCUCCCUAUUUCUGGAGAAGUUUCCAGCCUUGUAGAUAAAGAUAUCUCCCUAUUUCUGGAGAAGUUUCCAGCCUUGUAGAUAAAGAUAUCUCCCUAUUUCUGGAGAAGUUUCCAGCCUUGUAGAUAAAGAUAUUUCCCUAUUUCUGGAGAAGUUUCCAGCCUUGUAGAUAAAGAUAUCUCCCUAUUUCUGGAGAAGUUUCCAGCCUUGUAGAUAAAGACAUCUCCCUAUUUCUGGAGAACAACUUUUAGAGACAUUCAAGUAUCAUCCAUAGCAUGGCAAUAUGAAGUAUACUUCUUGAGAGAUUGGGAAAUUCUAGAACAAAUAUCUAAUAGUCAAUAGUUCUGGAACUAAAAUGGGACAUGUUUUUAAAGUAAUCUUAGAUUUUACAUGUAUAACUACCAGGUGACAAGUUCUAUGAUGUCACAAUAGAUAUCUUUGGGAAGAAAAUCGUAAGUUUUGUCAAUGUUUUCUUUCUUACAUCAGAGAAAGUUUUGUUUUAAGUGCCAGGCAAGUUGGAGAUAAGGGCAAGUCCUUCUAAACAUCAGAAAGCAUUGUUUAUUGAGUAUUUCACAAAUCGAUAUCAUAUUGAAGAAAUCUACUAGAUUAAAAAAAACAAAAGUGAAUAUGUAUAUGAAAUAUUGUACAUGUACUACCAUAUUUGAAUUUUUGACAAAGGAAUAUGCUGUGCAUAUCAAAUAAACCAUUACAAAAAUACAA